GGUACACAGCAACCUGCACAGGUCCAGACGACAGCAGAAAAAUAGAAAAUGAAGUUCUUUGCUUUCGCUCUCUUGCUCCUGGUGGCCGUCACCUACGGUGAGGCCCUGCAGUGUAACAACUGUGUCCGUGAGGCCCCUGACUCUGGAAACUGUGUGGAGACUGUGGACACCUGUCCUCCAGAAAUGGAUGCCUGCGCCAAAAUUACCUACCCUGUCCCUCAUGAGAACACUUUCCACAAGUCCUGCUUCAAGAUGGCCGAGUGUCUGAAGCUGGCAUUCACUCAGGGACUGAAGGUCAGCUGCUGCAACUGGGACGGCUGCAAUAAAUAAGACUCCAGCUGGACUAUGAAAUAUUUCAUGUACCCAGUUAAAAGCACAAUAAAAACUUAAAGCAUG